AUGCAGAUCGAGAACCUUCCAGAAAAAUUACUCUCAAAAUUGAACAAUAUCUAUUUUGUUGCCUUGGUCAACACUGCGCAUAUGAAUGACGACUUUACACAGCUGGACGACGUUUUAAAUGUGAUAUUGCGAGAUAUACGUAUUUUGGAGACGAAAGGACUGAAAGUUGACGGCAAAGAUCUCAAAGGAACGUUGGCACAAUUCGUAUUCGAUAAUUUGGGUGGCAAUGAACUUUUUGGCUUUGUUGCAUCGUUUAACGCCAACUAUUUUUGUCGUAUAUGUUUUUGCACAAAAGAAGAGCACCGUGAAUUAGUUAGAGAGGAUCUACAGCUACUGCGAACGAUUGAGCAUUAUGACAAAUGUGUUGAAUUUAUUGAAAAUAGUGAAACUGAAGACUUUACAACUUCGAUGGGAGUGAAAAAAUCUUGCCCGCUCAACAAAUUGAAGUAUUAUCAUAUCAUAACCAAUAAAUCGGUCGAUUUAAUGCAUGAUUGCAAUGAAGGUGCUAUUCCAUUUGCUUUACAUCGCUUAUUCUCAUAUUUCCUGGACAAAAAGUUGCUAACGCAGAAGCAAUUGGUAGCUAUAGUGCGAGAUUUCAAUUACGGUGUGUUAUACAAGCGAAAUGUUCCAUCACAGCUUGACAUAAAAAAACCGAACCUUGGGCAAAAUGCAACACAGCUUUACUGUUUAUUCAUUCACAUUCCAUUCAUUAUGGCGGAUCUGCGAGUCAAAUUGGAGAGUGUAUGGCCUAGCUUCGGGUCACUUCUCAAAGCAAUAACCAUCAUGUAUUCGUCGAAAAUAACUGAGAGUGUUGUUGAGCUAGAAAAUUUAAUCGAAAUACAUUUGACGAAUAUACGAAAGCACUUUGAUAAAAAUACACCACCAAAAGAUCACUUUCUAACACACUAUCCGUUAACGAUUCGAUGUAUGGGACCAUGA